AUGUCUGCCGAAUACAAGGGACAAGAUCCAAUCGACAUUGCAAAGCAAGCCGAGCGCGACCUCAACACACAACAAGCUAAGGGCAAUGUUAAGGACCAGAGCAGCAACCUGAGCGACAGUGCACGCGAAUCCGGUGUCAAUGAGGAUGUAAUCAGCAAGUUCCCCGGCAGCACAGUACAGAUCGGCGGCCAGGGCGCCGGCGACAACCGCCAGAUCCCACUCGAGGAGGGCGGCAGCAUCAACCCAGGCACCGGCAAGCCCACGAAAGCCGGCGACUUCGAGGGUGUAGGUGGCCCAGAGGACAAGGCUCGCAUCUAUGCGGACCAGAACGGUGGUGACGAUGCGAUUCGCGGAAACAUCAGACAAGGUGGAGAGACCAUCCGCCCUGGAGGUGGUGAUUCGAAUGCCAGCCAAGGAGGCACCGGUGGCAGGACAGCAUAG